AGGGUUUCUUGCCACAGUCAGCAAUACCGUUACAGACCUCAUGCGUCUUGGACUUCAACCCGCGCACAACGAAUGGAUUCUCUGCCCGGAGCAUGAGGACCAUAUACCCGCCCCCGAUCGCGUACAUACAUUUUGACCUCGCCUUUUUCGAACUUGUUUUUGUUACUUGCUCCUUUAUUCCCAUGUGCACGCGCACAUCCCCAGUCUUAGCGAUCGCCACGUUUUUCCCUCCUGGCUUCGCCGGGUUAAAUCGCAAUCGGGAUUUCUUGUUUCUGUCCGAGUUUUGGUGGUUUGGAUCGUUUUCUGCUUGUCAUACGCGGAGCACGUUGUUUGGUUAUCUCCCGGUUAGGAGGAAUGUCACGAUGCGAAGAAAAAAAAGAGGAGGUGGGCUGCGGCGCAAAUUCCCAAGGACGACGGUGCACAUCUGAUGAUGCCGGCACGGCGAUGAGAAGGGCGCUGCUUUGGGUCUUGAUUUUGGCUGGAACCCGAGAAAGCGGGUUUAGUAAUUUUGUGUUCUAUCGGGCGGUUUUGGGGGUUUCGGUGCAGCACGUGUGCGUUAUUUUUUUCCUUCCGAGUGCGGCUUUGGUGGUUGUGCUCGAUGUUCUUCGUGUUAUUGAUAUACCCGUGACAAGCACAUCAUCCUACGAUCGAUUUGCUUCUGCUCGCUACGAUGAGAGACCUUCAACGGCCGUUACAGAGCCUCCAUCUUGCGCCCUCUUCAUCACUAGGCGUCCACAAAACAGUCUUCGUUGGGAUUUGUGCAAUAGACCUAGCGAGAUGUUCUCGCCGAGCCCUUGUUUGCAACGUGCGAGAAGGCACCGAAGCUCAUGGAGGUUAGGGCUCGGUCCAAGGUUCACAAUCGGAAACAGUAGUGGAACCCAAUUCCCUUGUUCUACAUUGUCCGGCAAAGUAUCAUUGUAGAGAGCAUGAUCGCUCUGAUGCAUUACGCACGCGCCUGACUAAUAUCAAGUGUCUGGUCCACCGCUGUCUGAGGAAAAACUCUUCGUCAUUGAAAAAGACCGCCAAACCGGGAUAUCAUAUCGAGGAAAAGUAAAUAUCAGAAAAAGAAACGAGCAACGAAAAGAGCCACAUUCGUCAAUACCGUCACAGGUUUGGUGCACCACCCCCAAAA